CUCCCUUGAUGUCAAUUCUCACAAUCAGCUGCUCGUGGUGUAUGUACAUCACUGUGUGUCCCGCUAGAUCUGUCAUGUUCCCUGCUGUGAAAUAACGAUCAGUAUGGCGAUGUCAUUCAACCCCCUGUGCCGGGAAAUGCUGAAGGAGUGGCUUGGGGAGAGCCAUAAGUUCAAGAUCCUGUUUGACAGUUCCCAGUACUACAAUCAGAUCGAAGAGUUUCAUAAGCGCUGUGACAAAAGUGAACCCACUGUUACUAUCUUCUACACCAAUGGCGACAGUGUUUUCGGUGGCUAUACGCGACAGACUUGGCAGCCCUCUUCUAACCAAGAAUACAAGCACGACAAAAGAGCUUUUCUGUUCCAGCUUUUCAAAAGGGCCACUUUCAACCCGAAGAAGUACCCUGUUGAAGCCCAUCGUUGUGCUAUCUAUUGCCACAGCGACUAUGGACCAACAUUUGGAGGUGGUCAAGCCGACGGAACGAAGGAUAUUGUCACGCAGACGGACACUGGUCACAAGGCGGGCGUCACAGUGCGAACAGCAAUAGGCCAAGCAUACAGCCCUGAAGUACGCCAAAGUGUAAACUUCACAGACGGUCAAGAGGAGGUUGUGAAGUUCGAGGUAUUUCUUGUCAUUGAUGACAAUGAAUAUGUUGAAAAGGCAUGGCGAAAUGUCACUCAAGUGGCGGUUGAGUCUUUACGAAGAGACUUAGAAGGUUUCAAGCCUCCUGGUGGUUUGAAGUUCACAAAUAUACUCCUGGUCGGUCAGAUAGGAGCGGGAAAGUCGAGCUACCUCAACAGUAUCACCUCGGCCUUCAAAGGUUACGUCACAAGCUCUGUGCCUACCGGCAGUGCACUCCACAGUCUAACACAAAAGAAUGAAGAACACAGGAUCUAUACCUGGCCUCAAAAGAAGCCACUUAAGCUCCGAUUGUGGGACACACGAGGAUUUGAACAAGGAAUGGACCAGCAUAUGGUGCCGGACAUCCAACACAUCAUACGAGGACGUCCGCCUAGUUACAUUGUAAGCCACCCAGAUACGGGACUUGGUGGAACAAACUGCAACGCACUCUUUGGGCUGCCUCGGUCUCACGUCUUCCCUGUGAAGAACUACGAGCAGGAGAGUGAACUGGACGACGAUGUGGAUCGACUCACUCUUCUCAGCCUCAGGCAGAUGCUGAGGUUCACAGACGACUUUCUAGUCCAGCAGUUGCAGUAGAAUAUAGUUGACAGCACUACGUAUCUGAAUAAUAUAUCAUUUGGAUAAAACCAGGUAAUUCCUCAUAGAUUGAAAUGGAGCCCCAGUUAGAUGAGGCACUCAGAAAUUAAUACCAUUGGCAUUGGGAUACUCGUGUUGAGGUGAAUAAAUGUAGACUUGCUUCAGAUGAUAACAGGCCCUGAACCUGAAUAGAAAUCUGGACGUGCUUCAUUCCGGGCAUUAUUUCAGAAAGGACUGUAGUAUGUAGUAGCUUGUAGCCAAGCUCAGAACAUAACUUAUGCUGGGAUCCGUUUGUGGGUUAAAACGAUAUAUAUAUACUGAAACACUAUGAAAAUACAUGUUAGUAAUAUUUGGCAAAAAUGGGCAUAGAUAUCAAAUAAAAUAUGUUCUUGGUAUUUCUCUAUGAUAACACAACACUGUUGAAUCUCAAGUGAAUGUUUUUGUAGUUUGCCAUUUAUGGUUAUGGAGUUGAUAAUGGAUUAUGCGUUGAUAUUGUGCGUUCGAAUGUUUACGUUCCUUGUUCUGAGUCCAUUAUAUCUUUAAUACACUUUUACGCAAGAACAUAUACACUACGAUCAAAGAGAUGCCGUAUUAUUUACAUAUUGUCCCCUAUAUUUCUGUAAAUGUAUCAUUUUGUUGGUGGAAAGUAAGCGCACCUUGAGAAAGAAAUGUACAGAAUUGUUUUGUUUUUUGAGUAUUAAAAUGUAUCUGUGCA